CAAGCACACACUCUUGAACACGCCAUUCUCUAUAUAUACACGCAUACUAGCUCACUCAUAAAUAUAAACAAAAAAUUAAUACAACAAGAUCCUGCUAUGUCGUCCACGGCGAGAAAUAUUUCUGGCAGCGGGAACCGAAAGUCGAGUAGGCUGCAGCGGCGGGCUCCACCGCCUCUUAAGAUAAACCCUUGCGAAGCGAAUUGGAAAGUGGCUAUUCCUCUUCUAUCACCUACGGAGUCGCCACCACAAAAACCACCGGCGGUAAUGAAGAGGGAGGAGCAACGGUGGGGUAAAGAGGCGGAGAAGCCGCCGGUUUUUAAGAAGUGGCAGCAUCCGGCAGCUCCGUUUUACUACCAGCCAGCACCGUCAUCGAAUCAGCCGUUUGCAUGGCCAAAUUAACGGUCUCUUAAUAUUAGGUCUAUCACACAAAUACAUAAAUAUUUGAAUCUUUUUAAUUGUAUGCCGAUCAUAUUGACAAAUAGCAUAUUUUAUUUUUUUUAACAUUACCAUCUUUAUGCAGUAUGUAUGUUGGGUUUGAUGUUGUUAUGUCCUUGUAACCAUUAAUUAAUAACUAAUAUAUAUAGUGUAUUGUUUCGUAUACUGUGUAAUGUUGAAGACACUAGCUAAGAUCGCCGUGUAAUUUGAUUUCUUUUAUAAAUAUUUUUCUUAAAGAAUUGUACAUGCGUUCAUAUCA